UCAGUCAUUGGCUCCCUGCGGUUUCCUUGGGGACGUGGCGCCGCCGGCCCUCCCGGCCUUCUUCCGGCUGGGCUGGAGGCCGCCGAGAGCCGCUCUGGAGCGAGCCGAGCGGUGCUAAGGGAGCUGGCGGGCCGCUCGACCCGCUGCAGACUUAGGAGAUGCCUGGGACAAGGAGACCACCUUCUCAGGGCAAAAGGAAAAGGAGGUGACAGGCGUUGAGACCACUGAAGGGAACCCAUGGCUAGGAUCAGUUUUUCCUACCUCUGCCCAGCCUCCUGGUACUUCACUGUGCCCACAGUGAGCCCAUUUCCCCGUCAGCGGGUGGCACUCCUAGGACUCUUCUUCAUAUCCUGUCUCCUUUUACUUAUGUUAAUCAUGGACUUUGGACAUUGGGGUGCUUCAGUGCCACGAGAUAGGCAAUAUGAAAGGUAUUUGGCUCGAGUAGGGGAGCUUGAAGCUACUGACACUGAAGACCCAAAUCUAAAUUAUGGACUUGUUGUGGACUGUGGCAGCAGUGGCUCCCGGAUUUUUGUUUAUUUCUGGCCAAGACAUAAUGGGAACCCCCAUGAUUUGCUGGACAUCAAACAGAUGAGAGACCGCAACAGCCAACCUGUGGUUAAAAAAAUCAAGCCAGGAAUCUCUGCAAUGGCUGACACUCCAGAACAUGCCAGUGAUUACCUUCGUCCUCUGCUAAGCUUUGCUGCUGCUCAUGUGCCUGUGAAGAAGCACAAGGAGACCCCCCUUUACAUCCUGUGCACAGCAGGCAUGAGACUUCUCCCGGAGAGGAAGCAGUUGGCUAUCUUGGCUGAUCUAGUGAAAGAUUUACCACUGGAGUUUGACUUCCUCUUUUCGCAGUCUCAGGCAGAAGUGAUCUCUGGGAAGCAGGAAGGGGUUUAUGCGUGGAUUGGAAUCAACUUUGUUUUGGGAAGAUUUGACCAUGAGGAUGAAUCAGACGCCGAGGCUCCCCAGGAACUGGCAACAGGACGCAGAAGGACAGUAGGGAUACUGGAUAUGGGAGGAGCCUCUCUCCAAAUUGCUUAUGAAGUUCCUACCUCAACCUCUGUCCUUCCUCCAAAGCAGGAAGAAGCUGCAAAGAUCCUGCUGGCUGAAUUCAACCUGGGCUGUGAUGUGCAACACACUGAACAUGUGUAUAGGGUUUACGUCACCACCUUCCUGGGGUUUGGGGGCAAUUUUGCCCGGCAGCGCUAUGAAGACCUUGUGCUGAAUGAAACUCUUAACAAAAACAGGUUGCUGGGCCAGAAGACAGGUCUGAGUCCCGACAAUCCAUUUCUGGAUCCCUGCCUGCCUGUGGGCCUCACAGAUGUGGUGGAGAGGAAUAGCCAGGUGCUGCACGUCCGAGGAAAAGGAGACUGGGCGACAUGUGGGGCAAUGCUGAGCCCCCUGCUGGCUCGCUCCAACGCCAGCCAGGCAUCACUGAACGGCAUCUACCAGUCGCCAAUUGACUUCAACAACAGCGAGUUCUAUGGUUUCUCGGAGUUUUUUUACUGUACAGAGGAUGUGUUGCGCAUCGGUGGCCGCUACCAUGGGCCAACAUUUGCCAAGGCUGCUCAGGAUUACUGUGGCAUGGCUUGGUCAGUAUUGACUCAGAGAUUCAAGAAUGGCCUCUUUUCAUCACAUGCAGAUGAACAUCGACUCAAAUAUCAGUGUUUUAAAUCAGCUUGGAUGUACCAAGUCCUUCACGAAGGAUUCCACUUUCCCUAUGACUAUCCAAACCUGCAGACAGCCCAGCUGGUGUAUGACCGAGAGGUUCAGUGGACGCUGGGAGCCAUUCUGUAUAAAACACGAUUCUUACCACUCAGGGAUCUACGGCAGGAAGGUGUCCGACAGGCCCACGGCAGCUGGUUCCGUCUCUCCUUUGUCUACAACCACUAUCUCUUCUUCGCCUGCAUUCUGGUGGUGCUACUGGCCAUCAUCCUGUACCUUUUGCGGCUACGCCGAAUUCACCACCGACAAACUCGAGCCUCAGCACCACUGGACAUGCUGUGGAUCGAAGAGGUGGUGCCCAUGAUUGGGGAACAGGUGGGGCCAUGAGGCUGGACAAGGACUAAAGAAGCUUCAGUACCCAGAGUCGCUGCUCAUCGAAUUCCACCACUUUCUUGUACUAGCCUCGGAUGCUGCUUUGCCUGACCUUGUGGAUAUUUGGCCCUGGAAUUUCUACUUUAAUUUCUGCUUUAACUCCUUCUCAAUAUCCAGGUCCUCUUCUCUGAGAGGAGCUGUAAUUUAGUCUGUGAAGAACUAAAUAAUGAGAGAUUGGUGCUAACAAAGGGGACCAACCUCCGUCCAGUUGAAGCAUGCUUCUUCUCCUUUAUCUGAGAGGUCUGGUGUGUUCCUAGGAUCUAGAAUUUUCUCCCCUUGCUAAAGCAUGAAGUUUGGCAUCAGGCACCCUGGAAGCCUGGUUAAAACCAAACUUGCAGCAUCUGAUAUAAAGCCGGAGACAUUCUAGCAAGUGCAGCAGCCCCUUCUUUCUCUGUAACAGAGAGAUCAUUUAUGUGGAGAUCCACAGCCUUUGAUAGGGAUCCAAGAUCUUUGCAGUUCAUUGGAAUAGAUAUGAAUUUCAAGGCAACCAAAAUAACACAGUUUCCUUGCUUACUUGACAAAGAAGCCAUUAUGAGUGUGGUUCAAGAUGCCUGACAGUGUUGCUGAUGUUAGUUUGUGAUUGUAAGAGGUUACAAUCCCUUCUAAGUGAAUGGUCCAUUGAAGAUUCUGACAAUACGUUAUCUGAUGUCUAGUAUGACCAGGAUAGAAAGUUUUUCCAUGUCUGUGUGCCUCACAGGCUUUUUGGGCAUUAAUUUUCCUUUUUGAGCCUUAAGUGUGCUUGUAGGAUGGAGAAACUGUGAUGGGGCCUGGAGACCUGGAUUUGUCUGGUUUCAGGUCGCUAUCCUCUAGGCCUAUUUUUAUGAGCCCUUAGGCCAUAACAUUCAAAAAGAGUUCCUUUAUUUCACUGCUAAGAUCAGUAUGUAGUUUGGGAAGGGAUGUAUUUGAGUUUUUUUUUAAGAAUGGAAGAACAAUAUCCGGAGAGUGGGCAAAGGCAAUAAAAUCCAAGCUCUUAUUGAUUAAUGUUUUCCUGAGAAAUAGAAAUUUUCUCAAUUUGACUUGGAAUGUCUGAAAAGAAACAAAUUCUAAACUUUGGAAUAAAUAGAUAAAUCUGUCAAUAAGCCACCUGGCAACUUUCAGAAUGCUUGUUAAGAGAUUGCUCAGUCACAAACAGCAUUUCCAUUAAUGAGGAGAGAGGAAAAGCCAUAUAAUUACGUUUUCCUUCACUACCCUUCAGAGCUUUGCUCCUCGUCUACAGUUAGCCUUUCAAUUACAUGAGGAUUUCUUUUUCAUCAACUCCUGCCUUUCUUAAUGGAGUCUUCCUUAUACUCUACCCUUUCCUAUACGUAGCCUUGAAUGUCCUGCCCAAGCGUAUGCUCCCAGGGUUGAAGUAGCUUUCUCUUCUUUCGUGUCACCUUUGAUUUCUAGAAUUAGAUGAGUAGAGAAAAAGGUUCCUGAAUUUAAAGGAAAAAAAAGUGGAAUUCUUAAAAAAUAAAUCUCAUACUUGGAGUGGAAAGGAAUGAAAUGCUUCUCAAAAGAGAGAAAAAGAAAUCAAGACCCUCCUAGAAAUAAACUGAGAUGAAAAUAAGUAUAGCGACCUUUGCUUGGUUGAUCAAAAUAUAGCAAGUCUUGAAUUGUUUUCAAAUUAGAUAAAAAUGGACCUAGCAAAGAGUCUUACAGUUUUUCUUUGGAAAUAUUUUUUGCUUUUCAUUAGGGCUCAUGUCACAGCAAUUUCCUUUAGUUUUUAAGACUUCUAAAUUGCCUUGAUUUUCUUUGACUUCUUAUUAUCUUUGUGUCUCUGUGAGUGAGCCCUUGCCUUAUGGAUGCUGCUUAUAAAUAAUGUCAAAGUGUGUUUUUGCUAGCCGCUGCUACUCAGGUAACUCUUUUCCCCUCACCUGGGUUUCCAAAUACUAUUUUUGGUUUUCUUGUGAGAUCUAGUCAAAAGCUACCUGAUUGGCUAACAGUGAUCAGAUUCAUGUGCUCAAAAUGAAGUUGAAGUGGGAAGGAGGUAGUGAUUAGUCCAGUUUGAAAGCUCUUAUUAGUCAAGUUAUUCUUCAUCCUGGUUAUAACAGCUGCCAUUUGUUAAGCACUUAUUAUGUACCAGACACUCUCUUAAAAUUGCAUGUAUAUUAUUUAAUCAUUAUGACAGCCUUUCAGAUUGAUGUUACUGUCGUCUUUUUAUAGUCCAGAAACUCAGGAUACCUACAUUUAUCACUUUUUCAAUAUAAAUGUAUUUCUUAUUCUUAAUUUA